CCCCACUUUGCUAAAGUACUCAAACAAGUUCUCAUGCUUCUUGGCUUGAAUUUGAGACCUCAAGCUUCAGAUCACAUGGAUAGGAGAUCACAGUGGGUUUUAUGGGUUGCCUUGAUCCAACUUUUCCUGAAUCUUAGCGACGCAAUGCUCAGUGGAAGGAAACUCACCGCCACCUCUAGCAACACUCAUUCGGAUUUCAUAAGCAUUGACUGUGGAGCAAGCGACGAAUACACUGACCAUCAAACUGGGAUUUCAUACAAGACAGACAGAGGUUUUGUAGAGACAGGGUCUAAUUCUAUGGUGGCGCCUGAUGAAAGAUAUAACGUAUAUUAUCCUUAUUUUGGGAGACAACUGCAAACACUAAGAAGUUUUCCUGAAGGAAGAAGGAAUUGCUAUACCUUGAAACCAAAACAAGGCAAAAACCAAAGUUACCUCAUCCGAGCUUUCUUCUCAUAUGGAAAUUAUGAUGGCAAAAAUCAGACUCCCAGUUUCGACUUGUACCUCGGUGUCAAUUAUUGGACAAAUGUUUGUCCAAUAAAUAAAAAUUCUCAUUUUGUGGAGAUCGUCCAUACUCCUACGACUGACACCAUCCAUGUUUGCCUUGUCAAGUCAGGCAAAGGAAUACCUUUCAUUUCUACAUUGGAACUACGACCUCUCAGCAAUUCUAUUUAUGCAACUCCCUCCCCUUCUCAAUCACUUUUAGAUUUUCGGGCAAGAAUUGAUGUUGGCUACGUCAGUAAUACUACAUCACUACAGAUCAGGUGACUCUAAUUUUUAGGGUUUGGUUGAUUCUAUUAUCUUUUUUUAUGUUCUUAAAACAAUUCUGCAGGGAAGCUUAUUUUUUCAGAACAAGUUUUGAAAACAAAAAAUUG